AAUUAUAUAUUACAAUUAAAUUUGAUACAUAAACCAAAAAUAAUAAAAAAUACAAUUUUUUCAAUUAUUGACGUUUUAAUUUAUUUCAGAAGCAUACAAUGGGUGAAUCUUAAAUGAACUACUGCAUAACCAUGACAUAUAUACUACUCAAGUUACCAAUCUUUUAUAUCUUAUACUUCUAUAUCUAACGACGAAAUUCAAAAUGUUUGCUUAUACUGCUCUGAAUGUUAAAACCACAUAUUGAAACUUCCAGUUCUUUUAAAUACAAUUUUUAUUUAAAUAGUUUUUUAAUGUGAAAGUAUAUUUUAUUUUGAUCAAAAUGCCGGGUAACUCUUUAGGGCGUAGAUCAUCUACGAAUCCCGUAAGGAUAUCUUCGUUUGAUAGGGAAGAUAAAAGUUUCAUGCGGACAGAAUCGAGAAAAACACAAACAUUAAAACCAAAGAUUUUCUCAAAUGAAAAUUCUCAUAUACCAAGGCCUCGAAUGCGAGCUUCUUCGUGUGAUAGAAUAAGUAUUAAGGGAUCAGUAUUAAAAACAACAGCUAAAACUCCACUUCAUCAAGUACCGACAACUCCAAAGACACCAAUAACAAAUGCUAGCAAACCUGCUGGUCUUCUUACAGUAGGAAGUUCAAGCAAAAUUCAUACAGGACUUCCAACAGGACGUAGGUCUUUAUCAGCUGACCGUGCUAGCAAUAUUGGUGCCAAAGGUCCUAGAAAAGAUACAAGACCAUUAACAGACAAAACAUAUCAGGCUCAUAUGCUUAGUAAAAUUGAUAACUUUUUAGCUAUAAAUCAUUGUUCUUCUAUGAUUAAUAGCAAUGGAAGCUUAAAACCUGUUACUUUAAAAAUGUUUGUUGAAGUCUCUGGAUAUUUAGUAAAAAUAUUGGACAUUAAACAAAUUCUUACAAUCACAAAUUAUGUAGAGGAAUUGCCAAAGGUUGCAAAAAAACUCCACUAUCCAGGAAUUAUUAAUAAAUCUUGGUUAAAAACUGCUAAUGCUAUGCAUUCAUGGCCAAAUGUUUUGGGCUGGAUAUGUUGGCUAGUAGAAAUUUGUGAAAUAAGGGAAAUAGCUUUUACAAAGUAUAAUUUAGAGAACCUACCAUUUGUAGGGAAUCAAAUAAACGCAGUAAUUAAUAAAAAUACUUUUUUCUCAAUGCUAAAUUUUUAUAAUGCCUGGAAUGAUGAGAAACUGGAUGAGGAAGCGUUAAUGAUCGAAAAAUAUUUACAAGAAAUUGAAGAACAGCAAGGUAUAAAUGAAGAAGACUUGAAUACCGCACGUUCUGAACUAGAGGAAGAAAUGCUUAAAUUACAAGUAGCUGAAACAAAUUCAAAUAAAAUAGAUGAAGAAGUAAAACAUUUACAGGAAGUACUUUCAUCUUUACAGAACGAUGAAAAAAUGCAACUGAGUGAUAUCAGUGCAAAAGAGGAAUAUAUUAAAAAAAUUAAUUUUGAAACAGAUCAAAUAAAAGUUGAGUGCAAUGUAUUAAGUGAACAAAUUUGUUUACAAGACACGCAGCAUAAUGAGUUACUUUCUAUUAUUAAGCAGCAACCGAUGUCCAAGACAGAAAGAGAUAAAAUUUUAAAUAAAUGUACAGAAAUUCAGGAUUAUAUGCACCAGUUUGAUGAAUAUUUACAAGAGAUACAAAAAGAAAUAUACACUAUGGACAUUAAAUUAGCAUCUAUUAAUAAUAAUUUAACUAAGGCAAUUCUAACAUAUAAUAAAGAGAUAUUUAUGCAUCUUAGUGGGGAUCUGGGUGUGAACCUAGAGGAGUUAAAGAUGCCAGAGAAAGGUAUAUUGCAACCCGAAAUUAUGGAAGUAUUAAGUAUUAAAGCUAAUUUAAUAAAUGAUUUGAAAGAGUUGUUGAGAUCUCAAAUUAAUGAAAAAGAAUGUUUGUUAGAAUCAAAUACUAAUGAAUUAGAGAAUCUUCAGGAGAGAAUAAAAAUUCUAGAAGAUGAAAGUAAUGAUGUUGCCAAUAAGAUUAAAGAAAAGAAAAACCUUAUAAGUAAAAUCAAAGCUGAUGCUAAACAUGAAGAAACAAAAUUAAGGGAACAAAUAAAAAAUCUGCAAAAUGACAUUAGAGAAGUUCAAGGUUUAAUGCCAAAUACACAACAAGUUGCUGCAGAGUUGGAGGAAGCAACGGAUAAACUGGAUGCAGUUCAAAGAAGAAAAGCGUAUAUAGAGGAAUCCGCUAAAUUAUUUUUUGAUAAAUUUUAUGAGAUUUUAAGUGAACACAGGAAUAAGCUUGUCAGUAUAUUAAAGAAAGAUAAUAAAUGAUAUAGAGUAUAUAAUUUAUAUUGUAAUUAAUAAUCUAGGUUGCAAUAUUUUCAAUAUAAUUUUUAUAUAAUAAAUUAAUUGUACAAAUAAAUGUAUUAUUACAAAUUAACUAUUGAAUAUUAUACUAAAAGAGUAAAAAAACGAAUUUAGUAUAUCAUGUAUCCGAAAAUAUUUAAUUAUAUGUAUAAUUGUGUACAAAUUGAAUCACUAUUCCAUAUUGCUGCAAAAAUAAAAAUUUAUAUAAUUAAUAAUUUUACAUUUGACUUCACUUUUUUGAAAACGCUACAUCUACAUAAAGAUAAGAAAAACAUGGUAAACUACCAAGAUAACAUAUGUACUUAUAUUUAUUUGAAUUGUAACAUGGAAACAGGAAACCCUUAAAUUGUUUUGAGACGCGCGUCUGUAUGAUUUUAAUAGCUUUUAUAUACAAGAAGCAAAGAUUUAAAAGACUGCAAUUUCAUAUUUGGAGUCGAUUUUAGAUAUAUAAAGUAUAAAGUAUUUAUUAAAUUAUAUGAGAUAAAUUAUUUUAAAACUAAAGAAAAUAUAUUAGAUAUUUUUAUUAUAUUUUUUUGCAUAAUAAGUACAACGAUAAAAUGAUUGCUCAAAAUUAUUCAAUUAUACAAGAUGGUGUACACAUCGUAAACACCAAGAUAAGUAUGCUGGCGAAUAUUACAAUAUAUUAUGGUAUGUUGUUCGAUGUAUAAUGUGAAUGUAUUCUUUAAAAUAUUAGGUUAGAUGAAUUAUGUCUAUGGUUGGUGGAAAUCGAUUUGCAAGUUUAAAUAUUUGUUUGGUAUAAAAAACACAUUUUUCUACUAUUUUAUUAUAAUGAGUAGCAAAA